AGUUGGUGACUCUUCCUUUAUCAACAUCGGAUUCUUACGUCGUCGUCGUCGCGAAUUUAAUUUUAAUCAAUUUAUUCGCUGUCGCAAAAAGAUGUUUGCCAAAAUUUGCUGAUUAGGAGCUCAGAUUUGUGCGUUAUCAGUGUGCUAUUUUCGUGAGUUCUGAAGGCGCAAAAAAAAAAUUGGCAAGGAGUGUCCUCUCUGCAAAAAGUGACUUAAGCCAAUUAUCGAUUGUGUAAACAAAACAAGUUAAAUUUCGGAUUAAUAUUUGCUGCUGCAAAACCUCGAAGGAAGCAGCUGAUCUUUGUUCGAUCCCUUCGCGCAAGAAAGAAGCAAUGACUUGGUUGUGAGAGGUUGGUCAAGCGAGACGAAACAUCCAGAAUGAUUUCCGCGUUCGCCGAGCUGGACGAGGCCAGUCGGGUGGCCAUCACGGUGGAAGAUCCGGAACAGCGUCCGCUGGGUUGGGUCAGCAAGUUGCGCGUUUGCGGGGAGUAUCACCUGCUGUUGAAUGUCCGCGGGGAGUUGUUUUUGGGCGAGUAUCGGGCGAAGGAACGGUCGAUCGAGUUCCGGUUGCUGCGGGAAGACGUGGCGGAUUACGACACCGAGGGGAACCGGGUUUACGUGGUGACUGGGAGCGGGGGAGUGGUGCUGCAGGGGAAGAACGGGUCGAUUGGGGAGUGGACGCGACUGUUCGAGGAGAGUGGAGUCGUGUUUGAGAAGAUUUGCUGCAACAAUAACGGAUUGCUGUUGACCAGCGGGGAUGGGACGGAAUUGUACGCGCAGGGGGAGUUUGGCAGCUUGCUCAAGUUUGAGGCACUUACUGAAGUGGAGGAAUUGGCCGGAGAAAACGUCGUGCAGAUAUCUGCCGGAAUUGACUUUGUGAUCUUGGCUUGUCAGAAAACGCGGAAAGUCGUUACGGAUGUGAAGAAGGAUCCUUUUUACGACCAGUAUUGUCUGCGGGAGGACACUGAUGUCUAUCAUCACUGGAAAAAUCUGUACAAGGAUUGUGGUGAUCGGUUCAAGCAGGAUAUUGGACCGAUCCGGGAUGCGAUCUGCAAUGUAAAUGUGGAUAGAAUGCAGGUUUACGGCCAGAUGAUCCACGAAACCGGUGUGGCCAGCUUUGGGAAGGUCAACAAAGGCCAACUCGGCACCAGCGACCACAUCCGGCGCGACAAGAUCGUCCACCUGCAGCAGCUGUUUAACGUGGCGAAAAUCACGACCUGCUGCGACUACUCGGCCGCGCUAACCGUCGACGGCAGCCUGUACCUGUGGGGUGACACCGCCGCCAAGAACCAGGCCACGCUGGACACGAACCUGGCGCUGGCCUCGCUCAGUGCCAGCUCGCCGACGCUGUUUGGCCGGUUCCGGCAGGUGCUGGACGUUUGCAGUGGGAAUUUCUCGACCUAUGUGGUGACGUCGGAUUUGCGGAUUCACGAUCUGCGGUCGGACGAGCGGAGUUUGGCGUACGAGGUGGGGGAUCGGGGGAAGUUGCGGGGGUGGGAGGUUGAGCACUUGGAGGACGUUCCGUUGGUGGUGGCGAGUGACAGCUUGAUUGUGGUGAACCACUUGCCGAUCAAUCGGGACGCGUUGCGGGUUUACGGGAAGGAACAGCAGACGAUUCAGGCGUUGCUGAAGCACUUCCGGGAGAAUGGACUGGGCGGGAUUCCGAAGAAGGCGUUGAAUGUGGUGUCGACGCACUACUUUUACCGAUCUUGCACGAGGUUGUUCUAUCUGCUGUUGCUCAAUUUGAGAUCGUUGCGCGCGUUUCUGUUUGAGAACGAUUUGAAGCGGAUUAUGACCGUGAUGUUGCACGAAGAGAUGCUCUUCCUGUACCGGAGGAUUGUCAAGUGCUACUGUAACAGCGACUGCCUCGGGUUGAUGAGCGAGCCGGAGCAGAAGCUGCUCCGGAUAUACCUGGACAACGUCAAGAACUACAUCGAGCUGAUUGAGCUGCUCGUCAACGCAAACAAAUCGCUUGAAGAACCGGUCGAGAACCGACUGCUCAACGCCAAAAGCGAGUGGCUCAAGUUCUUCAAUGAAGAGGUCACCGAAGAAAUGGGCAAACUCGUCAAGAUUACCAAAGAGUUUUGGCUCAACGAAGAGAACUUCCGGUGGCAAUCUCUCAAAGAGUCGCACCGUCGUGUGAUCCUUGAUUCCGCCGAAGUUCCGCUCAAAUUCCUCGACGUCAACAUCUUCUCCUCCUCCCCGCGGAUCGUCCUCUUCUCCGACGUGCUCUGCUACCUAUCCGGCGUCCAAAUAAUCGAAUACCCGCUGAACCUUAUCUGGGUCUCAACCGAAAUCAAAGACGCCCUCAAGACCCGCCACAAGGAAAAGCUCCGCUUCCUCAUCAACAUCAUCACCCCGGAGGAGGUCCUCCGCUGCUACACGCUCAACUCCGCCGACAAGCUGGUCUGGCUCAACAGCCUCAAAACCCAAAUGAUGCGCGUCCUCCAGCGGGACGCCACCGCCAAGCAACCCGUGUACCGGUGCAGUCGCUACCGGUUCGGCGAACGGCACGCCAAAUUCGGUGGCUCCCAGUACGAGGGCAUCUGGAAGAUGGGACUCAUCGACGGCGUCGGCGAACUUUCCGCCAAAGAGCGCACCUACCGUGGGGAGCUGUACCGCGGGGACAUCACCGGCUACGGGUGCCUCCAGCGCACCCUGUACGGCAUCGGAACCAUUUACGAGGGAGACUUUUUCGAGGGCAAAUUCGACGGAUACGGAAAGCUGAAAUCCUCCACCGUGCCCGCUGCGCAGUACUUCAAGUAUCGCGGCUACUUCCGGGCAGACAAGUACAACGGCUUCGGCACGCUGCUCACCAACUCGUACCAGUACAACGGAGACUUUGUGAACGACCUGAAGGAGGGUUUCGGCGUGGUCGAUGACAUCGAGAACGGGGUCAAGUACAUUGGAAUGUUUGCGAACGAUCGCAAGUUUGGAAACGGAAUCCUGAUCACCACGAAUGGAACCUACUACGCGGGACUUUUUGCGAACGACACGCUGUCCAACUCGGCCGGGGGAUUGGCGAUUUUUCCGAGCGGGAUCUACUACAAGGGCGAGCUGACCAUUGAGGGGCCCUGCGGGAAGGGAGUGUUUUACUACCCGGAGAAGGAGAUUGGCGCGGAGACGUUCGAGCUGGACGACACGAACGUCCAGAUGAGUGGCCACACGAUGACGGGGACGUUUGCGGGCACGUGGGACAGCGUUAGGAUCUCGAACGGGUCGAUGGCGAUGGAUCAGCGGUUCAAUAAGGUGCCAGUAUUGGACUUGAAGAUCAACGCUGAACGCAAAUGGUCCACCAUCUUCAGCUGCUUCCAUCAGUCCGUAUUUGGAACGUCAGACCUUGCGAAACUUCGUUCGAUGGACGUCAAAAAGAUCUGGAACAAAGUGGCGAUCUACAUCACGCGAGCCAAGCGAAAAGAGCAGCUCAAGAUGAACAACUUUGAAGUGAAGCUCUCUGAAUUUGACGAUCAAUCGGCGGCUCAAAUCUGCCAAAGCGGAUUCAGAUUAACACAUCUUUCGACAACUUCCCUGAGGUCAAGCUUUUCCGAUUCCAAGAUCUCACUCAUCACAAACCCAACUCAGAAUGGAAGCUCCAACGAUUCCGCAAUGGACAACAUCUCCAUGAGAAGCUUCACCUCGAUGGUGUCCCGAGAGUACGACGACGAGUUCAUGCUGAAUCCAACCAGCGGUGAUCGAAGUCGUGGUUCGCCGUUCCGCGACCUGGAAAUCAUUCCGGAUUUCUGCAUCAGCACCAUCGACGGGCCAAGUUUGCAGCUGCUGCGAGACUAUCUGACUGAGGCGUUCCGGAACACACACCACCCGUUGCACCAGCUGUUUGACAAACUGUCCAACUGUUUCUACUCGACGUACAGCUGCUGGAAGUUUACGCCGAACUCGAUACUGUGCGAGCCGGCAAUGAACGAGUGGAUUUCGAUUGUGAGCAGAAUUUACACGUUGGUGCUGACGGUGAUGUUUCCGGCGCUGCCGAAGGAUUCCGCCAUCGUUGACGGUGAACUAUUGUCGUACCAAACGCUGCUGUAUCCAAUCCUGAUGACUCAGGGGAUCUACUCGGCACUGUUUGUGCUGUACGCGAGCAAGUGCUGCAAAAAUGAUGAAGUCUACCGCCAGCGGAUUCUGAUUUGCGAGAAGAAAACCGACGAAAAUCUUAUUCAGCUGUUGGACAUCAAUCGAGACCUAAUUCCAAUCAUCAAGAGCUCCCGCUACCAGGAAGCAAUCGACAGCUUGAAUCUUUUCAAGGAAAAGUGCUGUCCCAGUGAAAUGAUGAAACAUAUCAACGAGGCGUUUACUUUAGUGGACGUUGCCAGCAAAGAGCAGGACUCGGACAUUGCGGCGGACAGCUUGCUCGAGCUGGUCAUCCUGCUCAUCAUCAAGGCGACCAUUCCCCAGCUCGGGGCGGAAAUCAGCCUGCUCGAGGAUCUCAUGCAGAACGACGUAAACGACGCGAGCCUGAGCUUCCACAGCAGCACGCAGAACGAUUACUGUCUGACGACGCUCAAGGCGUCCUACCAGCAUAUCAUCAGCGAUAACUUUUUCGUGAACAAGAUCUACGAUGGUGCUGGCGGAGGCGGGACGUAGGUGAGUAAGUAGUACGAGUAGUACUCGCAACCUGGUUUACCUCAUCAUACCAACCUGUUUCCGGUUCUGUGAUUUGUGCACCAUUCCAAUGUCGUGCGGGUUUUUCUCCGUUGUGAGCUUUAAGUCGAUCUCUAGAUUACGAAAAAGUUGAGUUUUUAACGUAUAAUUCCAAAUCAAAGUAGCAAUAUUAGUAUCGAAAGCAUUAUCCAAAUUAUUUGGUGUAAAUAAAUGUCGCUGUAACAUAGGCUUAAAGUUCUUGUUAGAUUUUUCGCUGUUUAAAGUUUGUUGAUUAAUCAUCCAGUGUUGGAGAAAAUUAAAGAUUUAUUGGC